AAUAAAUGCCCUGUAUCGUCCACUUGUCUGAAUAAUGAUGGUAAUUACACCUGCCAGUGUAAUGAGGGCUACACGCAGAAAUCAGCUUACGAAUGUCAAGAUAUUGACGAAUGUAAGACUGGAGUGGCAGGGUGUUCUCAUGGAUGUUCUAAUGUGGAAGGGGGUUUUAACUGUGAGUGUGAGUUUGGGUACACGCUGGAGGAUGACAGGAAGACAUGCGCAGUGGUGACUGAUAUUUGUUCGCUUUAUCCACAUCUUAACUGCUCAUUUGGGUGUAAACAAGAUCUAGCAAAUAAAACUAUUGGAUACUGCUUCUGUGGCGCGGGAUUCUACCUGAACGCGGUGGAUAAGCAGUCCUGUAUUGAUGUUAAUGAGUGUGGCAAUGAAACACUGAAUCUGUGUACCUUCAAAGAAAACUGUGUAAAUACUGUUGGGUCCUACAACUGUUCAUGUCCCAUAGGAUAUGUCUUAGAAAAUGACGGAAGACAAUGCUCAGUGUGCGAUAAUUUUCACUAUGGACGUGAUUGCAAAAUACCUUGCAAUUGCGGAGUUGGUGCCUCCACAUGUGACAACGUACUUGGAUGCCAGUGUAAGACAGGGUGGGCAGGGUCGAAAUGUGAUGCUGACAUCGAUGAAUGUGCCAUCGGUACUCCUUGUAGCGAGGCCAACCAGAUCUGUCAGAAUACCCCGGGAUCCUACAGAUGUCUGUGUGAAACUGGAUAUAAUGAAACUUUAUCAGGACAAUGUACAGAUAUCAAUGAAUGUAUCAGCAAACCCUGCGACCAAAUUUGCAACAAUACAAAUGGAGGGUAUACAUGCUCCUGUAAUACGGGGUUUAAGCUCACAAACCAGUCAAAAUGUGAGGAUAUUGAUGAAUGUGCAGCACCAGUAUCACCAUGUGACCAACUGUGUUCAAACACUCUUGGAAGUUACAGAUGCUUUUGUAGAGAAGGUUUUCUUCUGAACGCGACAACUAAGUCCAACUGCCACGCCAAAACAGAGUGUUCCAUUCUGAACUGUACCCAGCAAUGUGCCGUGCGUGCUGAUGGGUCGGAGUAUUGCUCCUGUAGAAAUGGAUUCAGUCUAGAUUUAGAUAAUAUCACCUGCCUUGAUAUUGACGAGUGUUCACAAAACCCGUGCAGUGAGAAUUGUACACAGAAUAGCCCUGGUUUCGGAUACACGUGCUCUUGUGAUGUAGGGAAAAAGCUGGACAUUGACCAAAGGACGUGUAUAGAAUGUGAAAAUGGAAACUACGGGAUAAACUGCAAAGAUGCAUGUUUGUGUAAACCUGAAAAUACGGCAUCUUGUGACAGAAUCUCGGGGUCCUGUACCUGUAAAGAAGGGUGGAAUGGGACAGACUGUACGGUGGACGUGGAUGAAUGUUUGAACCAGUAUAUCUGUCCAAAUAAUUCCGACUGCAAGAAUUCAAAUGGAUCUUAUUCUUGUGAUUGCAAAAACGGAUUUUCUUUUGCUGGUGAACAAUGUGUUGAGUGUUCGAGUACAACAUUUGGUCAGAACUGUGCCAGUCAGUGUACGUGUGAGUUCAGUAAAACUCAGUCAUGUGACAAACAGAAUGGAACCUGUUACUGUAGUUCUGGAUGGCAGGGUAUUAACUGUACAGAGGACGUCCCAGAAUGCACCAAUGAUGUCAAUAUUUGCGGACAUAAUGCAUCAUGUACUGAAACAAAAGGCUCAUAUUUAUGUGUUUGUGACUCAGGUUUUCACAAAACAUCAGCAGGACGUUGUGAAAAUAUUGAUGAAUGUUCGCUUGGAACCGGGAAUUGUUCACAGCAUGCACUUUGUUCUGAUACUGAAGGAAGCUUUACAUGUACAUGUCGACUUGGUUUCAGUGGAGAUGGCUAUAAUUGUACAGGUUGUAGUGGUACGUCAUAUGGUGAGCAGUGUUCUAAAACAUGUUCAUGCAACACAGUUGGCACAGCAGACUGUGAUAAUUUGGAUGGAACAUGCAUUUGUAAAGAUGGAUUUAACGGAACCCAAUGUGAGUUUACGAAUGAGUGUAAUACAGGAGCCCACAACUGUCAUCUGAAUGCUUCUUGUCUGAACACGAUAGACAGCUAUAACUGUUCUUGUCAUGUCGGAUUCUAUGGAGAUGGAUUUAAUUGUACAGGGUGUGAUGAUUGGACAUACGGUACUCAGUGUUCUCAGAACUGUACUUGUAACAUUGAGAACACGGCUGAUUGUGACGACACAACAGGAGAAUGUAUCUGUAAAGCGGACUGGAACGGAACAAAAUGUGAUAUCCAUGUAGAGGACUGUAGAAACGGAACUGCUGUAUGUGACCAUGAUCUUCAAGAUUGUUUAGUAAAUGGAACGAGUGGUCACUUUUGUUUUUGUCGUUAUGGAACAAAUGCAACAGGGGAAUGUCUGUCACCAAAUCCAACUCACAAACCUGGAACGAUAGAAACAAAGUUCCAAGCGGAGACAACUCUGGCAAUAUCUAUUACGCCACAGGAAUUUAAAGACCACACUGAAAAUAUAAGGGCCAUUAUUUUUCAGACUCUAAUAAACAAUUUCAAGGAUGAAAUACGUGGAUUUAAAACGAUAUAUAUUUUAUCUAUAAGACUUGGUAGCCUUAAGGUCAGCUUUGAAAUAGUCGUCUAUAAGAACGAGACUCUAGAAGCACAAACGAGUGACUACAUCAGGGCUACGAAAAAACUGCUGAGUAAUGCCGUGAGGAUUGAAAUCUUAGGGAGAAAUGCUUCUUUUUCUACUGUAAUAAUUACUGACGGAGAAGGCAAAAAUUUCACAGUCGACAAUUCAAGCAGCCCGUGUUUCAUUUUAAAACUAUUAUCCCCCUGUUCUGAAGGGGAAACGUGUGUCGAAAACUCAGGCAGUCCUUCAUGUGUAUCAAUAGAAGUAACAGAUUAUUUCGACUUGAUUGUUGGGCUAGGAAUAGGAAUACCCUUAACAGUGACAGUAAUAGCAAUUAUAUUCAUCAUAUGCGUCUACUGUAAACGACGAAAAGAUAAGGAAGAUUUGACUGUCAGCAGUAAUAGUGAUGAUAGGUCGUAUGAUGGGAGUGAAGCGUUCAGGUAUGGGAUACCUGUCCGUUAUGGCAGCUGGGGACCCAUGUACUCCCCGUAUGGUAUUGAGGGUCCUCGAAGUUUAGAAAGUAACCUACCACGACCAAGGCAAUAUGAACAGGACAUCUGGAAUCAAGAACAUAUAGAUGAUAGACCCAUUCCUUAUAAUUCAGAAUUUUCCUGGGAUUUCAUACAGUCUUCCAUUCCAACAUCUGAAUCGUUUAGAAUACAACGACCCAUAGCAGAAGCAAAUCCUAACCCGGUGUUUGAUGCACUUGACAAAAACAGGAAAGAUCUGAAAAUAGCAAAGAGUAACAAGAGGACAGAGACGGUUUUAUAUACCAGGAAGGAUUGAAAUUCAGGCCAUGUAGAGUAAAGGAGUUUGGGGAUUUAAACAGAAAGAGAUCAGUCAACAGCUUGAUGGCGCUUCAAAGUAGAAAAUUGUAGACAUUACAACUUAUCAAUUCCAUAAAAAUCGACGAUAAUGCUAUCAAGGCCUUUUCAAGGAUGUGCAAUAAAAUGUUCUGAUAAUUGCUUUAUAACUGAUUUUAAAGUGCUCAAUGUUUAACAUGAUCGUACGUUUAAUUCAUUUUAUGUGUAAACUGUGUUAGCCCUAAUAUUUUAUAUAUAUAUAUAUAUAAAUAUUAUUUUGUUCAUAGAAUGAAUUUAUAUUUUUGUCAAAAAUACUAUAUAAUUCUAUAAAGUGAGUGUUUUGUGUGUAUUUUAUAUCUCAUGGUUGUUAUAUUCAGAUUUUAAAUUGACUUGUUCAUGUGUACAUACAUAAUAUAUAUUUUCCGUCCGCCGAAAUAUUUUAGAUAUAUUUAAAUUUGUAUUGAAGCAAGCAUCAAAGUGUUUGCAAAUAUACAUUAGAUCGGGAAGGUAGAUGUAC